UAGCACACCCUUGGAGCGCGUUUGUGCGCGCGCCUGCGAUCAUGAUGGCGGCGGCGGAGGAGAGCGGCAGCAGCGACUCGUGCAGCACCGCGGAGGAGGAGCGCGUGCGGCGGCUCUUCCAGACGUGUGACGGGGACGGAGACGGCUACAUUAACCGGAAUGAUCUGCUGAUGGUCUGCCGGCAGCUGAACAUGGAGGAUUCGGUGGCAGAGAUCAUGGGGCAGCUCGGCUCCGACGAGCGAGGAAAGAUCUCCUUCGAAGACUUCACACGCUGCCGCAUGCAGCUGGUCAACGAGAUCCGCAAGGAGGAAGGCCAGCUAUCCCUGGUGUCCAGCGACUCGGAGAAGAGGACACUUCACGAACACGUGUCCUCCUGGCCCACCAGCAGCGAGAACAGUCUAGGCGCUCGUGAGAGCUGGGAGUUUGAUUCUGGAGCUCGAGACUUACAGAGUCCAGACCUGCAGUCUCCAACACAAGUGCAUCCUCCGCAGCAGAGCUCACUCUUACUCCGGAAACUUCUGGAUCAGCCCAGUGUUCUGGAGCCUUCGGCUGGACUUCACAAGCUCUUGUCCCAGCAUCCGUCCGGCCGCAGCGGGGCUCUGGGUGGAAGCUACCUGGAACUGGCCAACACUCUGCAUCUGGCUGUGCUGGCGUCUCUGAAGGGUGACGUGGUGGAGCUGAACCAGCGGCUGCUGCAGACCGAGAGAGAGAGAGACGCGCUGGAGAAGAGACUGGCCAAAGCACAGUGUGAGCAGUCUCAUCUGCUGCGGGAGCAUGAGGAGGUUCAGGAGAGGACGACGCUGCGCUACGAGGAGCGAAUCACAGAGCUGCACAGCAUCAUUGCCGAACUCAACAAGAAGAUAGACCUGCUGCAGGGAGCCACCAUCAGGGAGGAGGAUGAGUUUUCCGAGCUCCGCUCCGAUCUCAGUCACAGCCAGCAGGAAGUUAAUGAGGAUGACCGGAGCGUUGAUCAGGACCCCGACCAGGCGUCCAUCUCGCUGCCAGAGAACCAGUCCACACUGGUCACCGCAGACAUGGAUAACUGCAGUGACCUGAACUCGGAGCUGCAGCGGGUUUUGACGGGGCUGGAGAGCGUCCUGUGUGGCCGUAAGAAGAGCACAUGCAGCCUGUCCGUGGCAGAGGUGGACAGACACAUCGAGCAGCUGACCACCGCCAGCGAACACUGCGAUCUGGCCAUCAAGACGGUGGAGGAGAUUGAGGGUGCUCUGGGCCGUGACUUCUACCCCAGUCUGUGUGAGGAGCGUGUGCGCUGGGAAAAGGAGCUGGCUGGACUCCGGGAGGAGAACGAGAGCCUAACAAAGAUGAUGAUCACAAAAGACAACAAACCCAACCUCAACCGCACCAAAGCCACCAUGAACGCCAUCCGAGAGGAGCGAGAUCGCCUGCGCAGACGUGUGCGAGAGCUGCAGACGCGUCUCCAGAGCAUUCAGCCCGGCGCUCCGUCCAGUCCUGGGCGUCUGACGCCGGCGGGACGUCCCAUCAACCCCAGCACCGGAGAACUCAGCACCAGCAGCAGCAGCAACGACAUCCCCGUCGCCAAAGUGGCGGAGCGAGUGAAGUUGUCGAAAACACGCUCAGAAUCACUGCCAGCGGAGAGAUCCAUCCUCGGCUCUGAAAUCAGCAGCAUCGGGGUGUCCAGUAACGUGGCUGAACAUCUGGCUCAUUCCCUUCAGGACUGCUCCAACAUCCAGGAGAUCUUCCAGACGCUGUACUCGCACGGAUCCGCCAUCUCCGAGAGCAAGAUCCGCGAGUUUGAGGUGGAGACGGAGAGACUCAACAGUCGUAUCGAGCACCUGAAGUCUCAGAACGAUCUGCUGACCAUCACGCUGGAGGAGUGUAAGAGUAACGCCGAGCGGAUGAGUAUGCUGGUGGGGAAAUCCCCCCCGCGACGGAAAAAUACGUCCAACGCCACCGCGCUCAGACUGGCCCUGCAGUACAGUGAGCAGUGUAUCGAGGCGUAUGAGCUGCUGCUGGUGCUGGCUGAGAGUGAACAGGGUCUGGUUUUGGGUCAGUUCAGAGCCGCUGGAGUCAGUGCUGUGGGAGAGCAGGCGGGUGAAGAGAGCAUCACACAGAUCCUGAAGAAAGCUCACGACAGCAGAAAGACGGCAGAAAACGCGGCUAAAGACCUUCUGACGCGACUGGACGGCAGCUGCGGAGCUGCGUUUGCUGUGACCGGCUGCAGCGUUCAGCCCUGGGAGAGCCUCUCAUCCAACAGCCACACCAGCACCACCAGCUCGACGGCCAGCAGCUGUGACACUGAUUUCUCCAAAGACGACGAGCAGCGUCUGAAGGACUACGUGCAGCAGCUGAAGAACCGCCGGGCGGCCGUCAAGCUGACAUGCUGGGAGCUGGAGAGCGUCCACAUCGACCCGCUGAGCUACGACGUCAAACCCCGCGGAGACUCGCAGAGACUCGACCUGGAGAACGCCGUGCUCAUGCAGGAGCUCAUGGCCAUGAAGGAGGAGAUGGCGGAGCUGAAGGCGCAGCUGUAUCUGCUGGAGAAGGAGAAGAAAGCUCUGGAGCUGAAGCUGAGCACACGGGAGGCUCAGGAACAGGCCUAUCUAGUGCACAUGCAUCUGAAGUCUGAGGUGGAGGAACAUCAGGAACAGAGACGGCGGUCGCUUCAACCCUCCACCGGCAGCAGCGCUGGAGCAAAACGACAAGAGCGGGAAGGUACGGACUCUGGUGAUUCUCCAGCGAUCAGUCUGUCGGAUCUGAGGAGUCUGAGCGACAGCGACCUCGCGGCGGAGCUCACCAGUGCCCUCAGGAGAGAGAAGAAGCUGAAGGGUCGUGUUCAGGAGUUGGUCGCGGCUUUAGAAAGACUCACUAAGAGCAGUGAAGUCAGACAUCAGCAGUCAGCGGAGUUCGUUAACGACCUUAAACGAGCCAACAGUAAUCUGGUGGCGGCGUACGAGAAAGCCAAGAAGAAGCACCAGAACAAGCUGAAGAAGCUGGAGUCUCAGAUGAUGGCGAUGGUGGAGCGUCACGAGACGCAGGUGCGGAUGCUGAAACAGCGCAUCGCUCUUCUGGAGGAGGAGACGUCUCGCCCGCACACCAGCGAGACCUCGCUCUGAGCCCAGUCUCUCACUGCAGAGUCACCGAACCCUCGGGACAAACAUGAUGCUCACAAACCGUAGGACUCCGUUCUUCUGAGGAACUCAAAAGAAGACGUUUCUCAGGAUGUUCACGCUGCUCUUUCACACACAACAGCGACUGUCAAGCUACAAAAAUCAUCAUUAAACCGUGACACGACGGCUCAAACGUGCUCGGUUUUGUUCGUUUUUCCAAUUCUCAAUUAUGAGGUUCACCGUUUUUAUGCUUUUACUAGUCGAACCCGCUAAUUGUGAUGACAUGAACACGCCAUGAAUCCUCAUAAUUAUUCAUAAUCUCAGAAUGAGAAGUACAGCAGCACAGACUCACCGGUAGCUGGUUUUGUUCACUUAUUAUAUUUCAUAAUCGUACAGUGUAGAGGAAUACAGUUUUGAGCAAUACAUGAGAACGAGGUUUAAACUCAUCCUCAAUUC